ACACCAGGAGGACCAGCGGGGACUCAAGGACGAAGUUACCCUCAGGUUGUUUUAUUCCUGCUGGAACGAAAAAUGGGAGCCAGUCGAAGAGCUUUUCUCUCUCAGCUCGGUCGAAGUAAAGGAUUUCAAGUGGAGGACGUCUUCAGUGAAAAAGUCACGCAUGUCAUUUCUGAAAACAACACUGGUCAUGAGGUGAGGACAUGGCUGGACUCACAGUACCAACGUCACCGCAAACCUGUUCAGCUUCUGGACAUCAGCUGGUACACAGAGAACAUGCGUGCAGGCCGUCCCACGGAGAUUCUGGACCGGCACAGACUUCAGGAUCAGCCGGCAAAUCAAGCAGAGGAUGUGGUGUUCUCGGUUCCCAGCUACGCCUGUCAGAGAAGGACCACGCUGCAGGACCAUAACACCAUUUUCACUAAUGCUUUAUCCGUCCUGGCUGAAAAUGCAGAGCUCAGUAACGAGGAGGGUCGAAGUAUUGCAUUUCGACGUGCUGCAGCUGUUUUGAAGGCUCUCCCUGCACCAGUCAGAGGAAUGGCACAGCUCAGAGGCUUGCCCUGUCUUGGAGAACAUUCAUUGCGAGUUAUUCAUGACAUUUUGGCAAGUGGAACGUCAGAUGAAGUAGAAUCUGCAAAGCAGUCUGCACGCUACAAAGCAGUAAAGAUUUUAACAGGUAUUUUUGGAGUUGGACCGAAGACAGCAGACCGGUGGUUUAGAGAAGGGAUACACAGCCUCCAACAGUUACAGCAAUCAGGACAUGCACUCAACAGAGCACAACAGGCAGGUCUAGAGCACUAUAAUGAUAUCAACCAGCCGGUCACUAAGUUAGAGGCUGAUGCUAUCUGUGAGACUGUGAGGAAAGCUGUUGGUGCUGUGUUGCCAGAUGCACAGAUUACUCUGACUGGAGGAUUCAGAAGAGGGAAGCUGACCGGCCACGAUGUUGACUUCCUGAUAACUCACCCGGAGGAGGGCCGAGAGGAGGGGCUAAUGCAUAAAGUGAUCUCCUGGUUGGAAUCACGGGGCUUUCUUUUGUACCAGAAAACUACAAGAAACUUGUACCUCCAGUCAACUAACGGCCCUGGUCGCCCUGCUUCCAACAUGGACCGCUCUGAGAGGUGUCUCUCCAUUUUCAAACUGGCCAAGCAGCAGAAUCACGGAGCAGAGCAGGCGUGUGCAUCCAAAGCUGUAACUGUGCAGGAGGCGCGCUGUGCUGAAUGUGAUGCACAUCUGAAGGGAAGCCUUCAGGAGUCUCACCAGUACAUACAUGCAGGUGCAGCCUCACAUCCGCAUCCAUCCAGUGAGACAAAAUGUGACCAAAGUGUUCCUUGUCAACAUGAAGGAGCAGAGGCUGAGGAGACACAAGCUGCUGGAUACAAAGCUUGGAGAGCUGUGAGAGUGGACCUGGUGGUGUCUCCAAUCAGCCAGUUUGCUUUUGCUCUGCUGGGCUGGACAGGAUCCAAGCUGUUUGAGAGGGAGCUUCGUCGUUGGGCAGGGCAUGAGAAGAACAUGUCUCUGAGCAGCCAUGCGCUGUAUGAUAACAAAAAGAAUCAGUAUCUCAGAGUGACGUCAGAGGAGGAGAUAUUUGCUUAUCUCGGUCUGGACUACAUUACACCGACGGAGAGAAAUGCCUGAUCCGACCCUGAGUCUGUUCAAAGACUUUUGCCUUUCAUUGGAUUGUUUCAGCCGGGUAAAAGUCAAAAACACUGAAAGAUGCCUGUUUGCACACAGGUUUGAAAUGUAAGAUUUUGUGAAAUACACUGUAAUUUUAAGCCUAAGUGUAGCAAACGUCUGCACAGUGACGGGCAAGUUGUUCAUAAUGUUCAUUUAAAGUGAAAUUCAGAAUCACUGACUUAAAGGGGACACGUUGGGCAUGUGCUAUAGCUGCCCUGCUGCACGCUGCACCUGUUUGUGUGCACAUGGACCCAUAUUCAUAACCACGCAGUAACUCAGCACCAAGCACUCAGAGCAAAGAUAUUUGGGAUGUGACUUUAGCUCAAGAUCCGCUCACAUUGGUUCCAUGUGCGCUGAUCUGGGCCUACUUUUUCUGGCUCAAAUCAGGGUCUGUGUAAAUGUCAGCAGUUGUCCACAAUGUUUUUUCUUUGGAGAUAUACAGAUGAAUUUUGAAGUGAAUCAAGUGUUGGCAUUGAGUACUGUUGCAGUUACAUUUGGGGGUGUGAAAACAAAAAACAAACUUUAACACAUUUGUAAUUUUAGUUAUAGUUUCCUUCCUCUCUUUCUCUUUGGUUUAUCGAAACAAAGGGUUUUAAUUAAUUUCGAUUACUCAGAGAGCUGUGAUUUUAUGUCUCUUCUUGUCAGCCUCAGAGUUGCCAAACCUUGUAAAAUCUCUCUAAAUGAAAUUUCAGUAGCAAAAGUAACGUGGGCCCAUUUUUAAUAUAAAAUAUCAGGAGGGAAUUGAUUUGAUUCAUGCUUUUUAGCAACAGGCGGAGAUCGAGGGGCAUGUUGAAGGUCAAGGUUGUUGUUUGCUCUUUAUUUAAAUGAAGGGGUCAAAAACUGCUGUUUAUUUCAUGCAAGUGUCUUUUGUAGGUUUUGACACCAAUGAGGCUACAUGUCUGUUUCUAACUCAACAUAAUUACUGAUGGUGUAGUUAUUAAUUCA